AUGCUUCCUGGUAUCGGUGUAUUCGGAACUGGUUCUGUAGCUAAAGUUUUGGUGCCUUUCCUCAGGGAGAAGGGAUUUCCAGUCGAAGCUAUAUGGGGUGUGACGGUUCAAGACGCUGAAAAUGCUGCGAAAGAGUUGAAAAUACCUUUCUACACGAAUAAAAUAGACGACGUUUUAUUAAAAAAAAAUGUGAGCCUGGUAUUCAUUGUUUGCGCUCCGAAUUUACAUGCGCAAAUAUCAAUGAAAGCAUUGGGAAUAGGUAAACAUGUCGUGUGUGAUAAACCCGCCGGUCUUUGUCAGGCGGAAGCCCUGAAAAUGGUGCGAGCAGCUCAGUAUUAUCCUACACUAAUAUCCAUUAUCAAUCAUUCCCUAAGAUUCUUACCAGCAUUUAGCCAUAUGAGAAAAUGUAUUAUAGAUGGUUAUUUAGGCAAUCCAGGAGAUUUGACACUUAUUGAUGUGAGAGUACAAAUGGGAUCUCUUCUAGGAGAAACAUAUAAUUGGCUAUGUGAUGACACAAUGGGUGGAGGUACACUCACUUUAGUAGGAAGCCAUGUGAUAGAUUUAGUUUCGUAUCUCAGCGGGCAGAAAGUUGUUAAAGUACAUGGAGUUUUACGAACAUUUGUGGACGAGACAACAAAAGUUAAUGGUAUAAGAAGAAUCACAGCUCCUGAUUUCUGUACAUUCCAAUUACAAAUGGAUAAAGGCUUAUUGGUCACAGCGACAUUGAAUAAUCACUUGCCAGGACCUUGUUUUAAUCAAGAAAUUUAUGUUUGCAGUAAAAAAGGUUAUUUAGUAGUUCGAGGAGGUGAUUUACAUGGCCGCUUAUAUAAAAGUAACUCAAAAAGUGCUAUAGAAGAUGAAGGAAAAAGACCUCAUGAUAAGGAAGAGGUAAUUUAUGUAGAUAUCGAAGACUUGAGUUGUGCGUCAAGUGUUAUCCCAAAACCAUAUAUUAAAGGUCUUUGUAAAAUGAUAAGCGCGCUGAAAGAAGCAUUUCUCCCUGUAAAGGAACAAAUGGAUUGGAUUAAAGAGCCAGUGAGGACCGCAGCUACGUUUGAAGAUGGGCAAAGAGUUCAGGCGACCAUGGAAGCAUUACGACAAUCUGAUGAAGAUGGCUGCUGGAAAACAGUUCAGCUUCUCACUGAACCACCUGACCCAAAUCCAGCUUUAUCAGCAGCUGUUAGACGCACGGCCAUAUCGUUGCAAUAA